CUCAGGCCACCCCCAGCCCGGACAUGGCGGCGCCCGCCUACCCGGCCUGGGUGACGCGCUGGGUGUCCGGACAGUGGCGGAACAAGAAGCGGCCCCCGACGCUCCGGCCGCCCCGGACGCUGGCGCUGGCCGACAGGGUGGCGAACCGCCGGGAGCAGCUGACAGAGGCAACGUGCAUUACGGAAAUGUCAGUAAUGAUGGCCUGCUGGAAACAGAAUGACUUCAACGACACACCUUGUACCGAGGAGAUCAGGAUGUUCUAUGACUGCGUGGCAAAGGCAGAAAAAGAGCGCAAGAAUCAAAAUGAGGACACCCUGUCAUCCAGGGGAAAUUUGCCUUCAAGCAAAGUGAAUAAGCUCCUGAAGAGGUUUCCUCAGAUCACGCGUUAUGUAUGAUGUACUUUACAAAAGGGACUGUGGAGAAGCAAUUAAAGUUGGGGUCUUGAUCAAAAAAGAAGAAAGUCGAGUAAUUUUUUUGAUGUCAAGUGGUGUGUGGAUCUUGACCCUGCUUUUGAUUCCAGACCAAAACCCACCCGUUUUGAGUAUCAUCUGAUUUUGUUCAUGAGACUCCUGGGUCUUGCAGUGUUAGGAUUUCUGCAGAGUGGUGUUCAACUAGCCUACUCAGGUCCUCACUGUUAAAUAAAACCUUCUAGGCAUACAUCUAAAUGCAUAUCCUAACAGGGGAUGACUUCUUCACAUGCAAGCUUCUUGCCCAGCUCUGGAGCUGCUAUCAAAAAGUGAGUGAGUUCAAACACUGAGCCUACUUAGAAUUUAUAGUAAUGAUGAUUUGUACUCUUAUGUGGGUGUAUACACAAUCUGGUACAACUUGAAAAUUUUUAAUUUCCACUGCUGUAAAAAAAGGCUGUAGAAUUUAGGAAUAAUCUCUAGCAAAAUACCUUGUUAAUAUGUAAUACAAUGGUAAGUAUCAAAUAUAACUUUAACCUGGAAGUUUGGGAUUAAGACCCUCUGAUUUGCAGGUGGGACAGGUAUGGUGCCAUGUUAAGUUUGAUUAUUUUGUCUGUACUGUAAUAAAGCAAGACUGGUGUUGUCUUGGGCAA